UCAGAGCGCAUAGGGUAGACCCGCCCCCUGUUUGUGGUGCGCUCGGUCCGUCUCUCUCACCCUGUCCGCUUCAAACCCAUAUUCCACUGGGAAAGAGAGAGAGGGAGAGAGGGAGUGUGAGUGUGUGUGUGUGUGAGAGAGAGAGUGCAGGACCCGGGAGAAGAGCAAGUAAAGAAAAAGAGACAAGAAAAACGGGACAAAGACACAAAUGGCACUCAUGGCAGGGAUUUUGCUCACGGCCACGUUUCUUGUUUUUGGGAUUUCUACACUGGUUUCACCGGGACGGAUAUACCCCCCGAAUGAAGUUACAUUACUGGACUCUAGAGCGGUACAGGGGGAGCUGGGAUGGGUCGCCAACCCGACAGAAGGAGGGUGGGAGGAAGUGAGUAUUAUGGAUGAGAAGAACAUUCCCAUUCGGACGUACCAGGUGUGUAAUGUCAUGGAGCCAAACCAGAACAACUGGCUCCGCACUGACUGGAUCCCCCGUGGCGGUGCUCAGCGUGUCUACAUUGAGAUCAAGUUCACCCUGCGAGACUGCAACAGCCUCCCGGGUGUCAUGGGAACCUGCAAGGAAACAUUCAAUCUUUAUUACUAUGAGUCCAACAAUGACAAAGAGCGCUACAUCCGUGAGAAUCAGUUUGGCAAGAUUGACACGAUUGCCGCCGAUGAGAGCUUUACUCAGGUAGACAUCGGUGAUCGCAUCAUGAAGCUGAACACGGAGGUGCGAGAUGUGGGUGCCUUGACUCGAAAGGGCUUCUAUUUGGCCUUCCAGGAUGUUGGAGCGUGCAUUGCACUUGUGUCUGUCAGGGUCUUCUACAAGAAAUGUCCUUUGGCAGUGCGUAACUUGGCCCAAUUUCCUGAUACCAUCACUGGAGCUGAUACUUCUUCGCUUGUGGAAGUUCGUGGCUCAUGCGUGGAUAAUUCAGAGGAGAAGGAGGUUCCCAAGAUGUACUGUGGGGCUGAUGGAGAGUGGUUGGUGCCCAUUGGGAACUGCCUGUGCAACCCUGGUUAUGAGGAGCGCAAUUCAGAAUGCCAAGCCUGUAAGAUUGGUUACUACCGUGCUCUGGCCACCGAUGGCGCCUGUUCCAAGUGUCCACUCCACAGUUACUCUAUAAGGGAGGGAUCUACCUCCUGUGCCUGUGACAAGGGAUACUUUCGCUCUGAAACGGACCCAGCAUCCAUGCCCUGCACCCGUCCACCCUCUGCGCCUGUUCACCUGAUCUCCAAUGUGAAUGAGACAUCUGUAAACCUGGAGUGGAGCCCACCUCGAAGCUCAGGAGGACGCCAGGACUUGACAUACAAUGUGGUGUGUAAGCGCUGUGGGCCUGACGGCCGGCGCUGUCAACCCUGUGGCAACGGCAUCCACUUCAGUCCCCAGCAGCUGAGCCUGAAGGGAACCAGGGUGUCCAUCAAUGAACUGCAGGCCCACACCAACUACACCUUUGAGGUGUGGGCAGUGAAUGGCGUCUCGCCUCAGAGCCCAGGGCCAGAACAGGCUGUGUCAGUGACCGUCACCACCAAUCAGGCGGCUCCUUCUCCAGUGACUUCUAUCCAGGCGAAGGAUAUAACAAGACACACCAUCUCACUGGCCUGGCAGCCACCAGAUAGGGCCAAUGGGGUCAUCUUGGAGUAUGAAGUCAAGUACUAUGAGAAGGAUCAAAAUGCAAACAGCUACCGAAUCAUAAAAACCACAUCAAGGAAUGCUGACAUCAAGGGCCUCACACCUCUCACCUCCUAUGUGUUUCACGUACGCGCUCGCACGGCAGCAGGCUAUGGGGAGUUCAGUGGCCCGUUUGAGUUCAUGACCAACUCAGUCCCAGCCCCCAUAAUCGGUGAUGGAGCCAACUCCACAGUGUUACUGGUGUCUGUGGUGGGCAGUGUGGUGCUCCUCAUCAUCCUCAUCAGCGCUUUCAUCAUCAGCCGAAGAAGGAGUAAGUACAGCAAGGCCAAGCAGGACUCUGAUGAAGAGAAGCACUUUCAUCAAGGAGUGAGGAUAUAUGUUGACCCCUUUACCUACGAGGACCCAAACCAAGCUGUCCGGGAGUUUGCCAAAGAGAUUGAUGCCUCCUGUAUCAAGAUUGAGAAAGUUAUAGGCAUUGGGGAGUUUGGCGAGGUCUGCAGCGGCCGCCUGAAGAUGCCAGGGAAGAGGGAGAUCUGCGUGGCCAUCAAGACACUGAAGGCCGGCUACACUGACAAGCAGAGGAGGGACUUCCUGUCCGAGGCCAGCAUCAUGGGCCAGUUUGACCACCCAAACAUCAUUCACCUAGAGGGCGUUGUCACCAAAUGUAAGCCAGUGAUGAUUAUCACAGAGUACAUGGAAAACGGAUCACUGGAUGCAUUCCUGAGGAAGAAUGACGGUCGCUUCACGGUGAUCCAGCUGGUCGGCAUCCUGCGUGGCAUCGCGUCGGGCAUGAAGUACCUGUCAGACAUGAGUUACGUCCACCGUGACCUGGCAGCUCGCAACAUCCUGGUCAAUAGCAACCUGGUAUGCAAGGUGUCUGACUUUGGCAUGUCUCGAGUGCUGGAGGAUGACCCGGAAGCUGCGUACACCACCAGGGGAGGGAAGAUCCCCAUCCGCUGGACGGCUCCAGAGGCCAUCGCUUACAGAAAAUUCACCUCGGCCAGCGACGUGUGGAGCUACGGAAUUGUCAUGUGGGAGGUGAUGUCAUAUGGCGAGCGACCAUAUUGGGACAUGAGUAACCAAGAUGUGAUCAAGGCUAUUGAUGAGGGCUAUCGGCUGCCACCACCCAUGGACUGCCCCGUGGCGCUCCACCAGCUCAUGCUGGACUGUUGGCAGAGAGAGAGAGCCGACCGCCCAAAGUUUGGACAGAUUGUCAACAUGCUGGACAAACUGAUCCGCAAUCCCAACACUCUGAAAAGGACUGGGGGAGAGACCACUGUCAGACCCAACACCACCCUGUUGGAGCCAGGAAGCCCUGAGGCGUCCUCGGGUGUGGGUACGGUGGAAGACUGGCUACAGGCCAUUGGCAUGGAGAAAUACAGUGACAACUUCACUGCCGCCGGCUACACCACUCCAGAAGCCGUGGUCCACAUGACACAAGAGGACAUGGCUCGCAUAGGUAUUUCCUCUGCAGCGCACCAGAACAAGAUCCUGACCAGCGUCCAGGGAAUGCUGUCCCAAAUGCAACAAAUGCAAGGCAGAAUGGUUCCCGUUUGAGAGGUUUAAACUAAGAUAACGGAAACGGAAGCAAAGCGACUUUGUUUCAUAUGAAAAUAAAUAAAUAAACAAAAAAUGUUAAAUAUAAAAAAAAGACAAACUAUGUUACCUCAUUCAUGCACUUUAAAUUGGAUCUAAAAAGAAGAUGUUGAUGAAGAAGAAAAAAGUGGUGAAAAUGGCACUUUUUAAAAAAAAAAUCUGACCUUUGCCCUUUUUUUGUUGUGUUGGAGAAUGGGAUGCUUCUAUGUGUCUACAGCAUGUUGGGAUAGAUGGAGGGAUGGCUGGAAAAGUAUUUCCAAGGGGCCAAUCUGGAGUGCUUUUAAUGGCCAGGAAGGAAAAUGAGGGAGAGGGGAAUCAUACCUUUCUUCCUUCUCUUGGGGCAGAGUGUUGUUUCUGGACCUUUCUUUCUGGAAUAACCCACGGAUCAGAUUUUUUUUUUUAAAUUUUGACUGUUUAUUGUACAUGAAUUGUUUCUGUGAGACUCACAGGCUACCAUGGCCACCAUUGUUCUCUCUCUCAGCUGGAUCUGUUUGAUAUGUCACAGACAAAAUGGAGGACCCUGACUAUCAGAUAUAAACAGUGAAUCUGAGAGGUUGAGGGUUGGAUUUCAAGGGGAGAUGGCGGUGCAGGAGGACUUUUUUUUUUUGAGGAGCUUCUUGUUGUAUUUGGCUCUGUUCUGUUCUUGUUCUUCUCCCAGAACGCUGUAUUUUGUUGCCCUCAGGAUGUUGCCGAGAAUGUCUUUGAUCUUCCAUAGGAGCCUUCCCACUCCCCUUUCUUCCCAAAAUGCUCUGCCUCACUUCAGAUAAACACACAAUUUGGAUUCUUCCAUUCAUAUCCCUAUGAGGACAAAAGGGUGGAGCAAAGGAUUGUGGACGCAGAAUGAAUCAGAAUCAUCAGCAUCAUCAUUGCCAAGAAAAUAAACAAGGAAAUGCGCUGAGGAUUAUUUAAAAUGUCAUUAAGCUGCUGCUGUCCAUCAUAAAGAGGAUUCUGGCCUUGCUAUCCAUGACCAGAAUUCUUCCUCUUCCUCCUCCUCUUCGUCUUCCUACUUCUGCUUCCCCCUCCUGUCCAUGGAGUCUCCUCCAACAGUGAGAUGAAAAAUCCAUUCCCAAGCGUCUGGGAUGUCCACCACCACAAUAAGUCAACUUGACAAACUAGCCACAGUGUGUUUGUGACCAUCAAGCAAUGUACUGGAAUUACUAUGAAUGAUUAAACAGCAUAAAAAGAGACAAUAAGAAGAAUGUAAUAUAAUCGAGAAGCCCUGUUCUAGAGGUAUUGUACUUUUUUCAAAGUUUCAUUUUAUUUUGUGAUUUAUUUUUGUUUGUUUUUUUAUUGGUUUGUUUUGUUUGCAUGUAACAUAACAAGCGUGUAAUGACGUGUGUGCAUGGUUGUGUGUGUGUAUGUGUCUAGCUGUAUGAAUGACAUUGUCUUUGAAGUACUAUCAAUAAUUGUGUCUUUUUUCAUGCCACUGUGGAGAAGACGAGAUAACAGUUUUUCAUAUAAAAAGAAAAACGCUGGACUUUUUUUUUUUUUUUUUUUUUUUUAAUCAGCUAAAAAAAAAGCUAUGUAAGAUGUGUUGCUCCCAUUGUGCAAACUCUACUCAGAAACAGCAUUUAUUUAACAGCUAUAUGGAAUGCAACAUAUUUUUGUUCUGGCAGAUACAGCAGCUUGCAAACGGACAUACGGAGACACAGACAUGAGUGAUCAGAAGCCUCCUGUCCGUGCGAAUACGUCAAACACAUACUGGAGUUGGGACUCCCUGUGUUUAUGACAAGUCAAGGAAGAAAUGUGGGAACAAUCUCUCUGAAAAUAAAAAUGGGAGCAGGUUAAAAUCAUCACAACAGAGGAUCAGAAGAGGAAAAGGUGUUUAAGAAGGGAAAACUAUUUUUAAUUUUUUUUUUCCAAAGCACAACAUACAGCUACAGGUUCAACCCAAUGGACUAUAUUUCUUUUGUUCCUUUAUCUCUUUAAACUAUACUUAUGUGAGAGUUUUUGAGGCUUCAUAAUACAAAACACCUCUGUCC